AUGGCCACUCCCACAGAAGCAGUCUAUCUGCAUGAUGCGUCCUUGAGAACUCUGACAACGGAGAUUGUGUCAUAUCAACCUAUCUCCUCGCUUUCCGAGGAUGAGCAAAGCCUAGCGAAAAAUCUCGCCUCUGAUGAGUCCGCUAUGACUAUGCGCCAGACUAUCCUAUAUCCACAGGGAGGCGGACAGCUCUGUGAUACUGGCACCAUCACAGCAUCAAACCCGGAAUCCUGCUUCGAGGUGUCUUUGGUCCGUAAAACUUCAGACGGAAAGAUCAUACACUUUGGAAAACCGAACAACAGUGGAGCGCAUUCCUUUUUAGAGGGCCAGAGCGUUAUACAAAAUGUCGACGGUGCCAAACGUGACUAUCAUUCUCGAUUGCAUACGGCAGGUCAUAUCAUUGGCGUGGCGAUGGAAAUCGUCAUGCCGGAGUUGAAAGAGGUCAAGGCCAACCAUACGCCUAAAGAAGCAGGUAUGGAGUAUGAAGGCUUGAUCUACAAUGAACAUAAGCCUCUUAUUCAGGCUAAAAUUGAUGAGUUGGUGAAGCAGGAUCUUGCUGUCACUGUAUCUUGGUUGGAGGCUGGUACGCCUGUUUAUGAUCGAGCAAAGGUCGGUGAUGGUCCUGUUCGAAUUGUCAGUGUCGGUGGUCUUGAUCAAACUCCUUGCGGUGGCACGCAUGUUGAGCGGACUGGUUUAGUUGGUUCGAUCAAUAUUCGCAAGAUUACCCGAAAAAGUGGUAUAAGUCGGAUGUCAUACGAAGUGGCCAAAGAAUUAUAG